AUGGCACAGGCCUUGCUGUUGGUAGCAGCUUUAGCUGGGCUGGGCCUGGCUGUGAACCUGCUUGUUCUUGGGCUCUACCUACUCCGAUCCUGCUGCCGUUGCCGCAGGCCCAAGGCUGGUCCCCCUGAGGUCUCGGGCUCUCCAGAUGGAGGAGGCUGUGUCACCUGGAGCUGUGUGGCCGCCCUUCUCCUUGGCUGCGCUGGAAUCGGACUUGGUUUCUAUGGCAACAGUGAGACCAGCGAUGGGGUGUCCCAGCUCAGCUUCUCCCUCCUGCAUGCCAACCAUACGCUCAGCUCCAUCGACCGGCUGGUUUCAGAAACUGUGGAACGACUGGGGUCAGCAGUUAGGUCUGAGCUGACGACUCUAGAGGAGGUGAUGGCCCCACGGACAGAGCUGGUGGCAGCUGCCCGGGGCGCUCGGAGGCAGGCUGAGGCUGUGGCCCAGCAGCUGGGAGAGCUGGCUUUCUGGAGGGAUGUGCCCCUGAGCCCAAUUCGGGUGGCUGAAGGUGUCUCCUUUGUGGAGGAGUACAGGUGGUUGGCCUACAUUCUCCUGCUGCUUCUUGAUCUCCUUGUCUGUCUCUUCACUCUCCUUGGGCUGGCUAAGCAAAGCAAAUGGCUAGUGAUUGUCAUGACAGUCAUGAGCCUGCUGGUUCUUGUGCUCAGCUGGGGAUCCAUGGGGCUAGAGGCAGCUGCUGCAGUGGGUCUCAGUGACUUUUGCUCCAGUCCUGACCCCUAUGUCUUGAACCUGACUAGGGCAGAAACUGGCUUAAAUCCAGAAAUCCUCCACUAUUAUUUCCUCUGCAACCAGGUGGUCUCUAAUCCCUUCCAAGAGAGGCUGACCUUGUCCCAGCGCUCUCUGGCCAGCAUCUACUCCCAGCUCCAGGGGCUGGAACGAGAAGCAGUUCCCCAGUUCCCAGCAGCCCAGAAACCGCUGUUGGCCCUGGAAGAGACACUGAAUGUGACAGAGGGGAACUUCCACCAGCUGGUGGCGCUGCUGCACUGCCGGGGGCUGCACAAGGACUAUGGGGCAGCAUUGCGGGGCUUGUGUGAGGACUCCAUGGAGGGCCUCCUCUUCCUGCUCCUCUUCUCCCUGCUGUCCGCCCUGGCUCUGGCCACGGCGCUGUGCAGCCUGCCUGCUGCCUGGGCCCACUUCCCAGCCAGCGACGACUACGAAGACCCAGAAGACGAUGAUCCCUUCAACCCUCAGGAAUCAAAACGCUUUGUCCAGUGGCAGUCAUCCAUCUGAGACUCCCUCCUUGGGCUGGGUCUGCUACCCCCACCUCUGGCACCGCCCACCCACCAGAGAAGUUUCCCCUUCCCUACCAGGAUUCUUCUAGCUAUGAUGACUAACACUGCCAUACUCUGCCUGGC